CGCCCCUGCCCACCCCCGCCCGCACUAGGCGCUUCGCAGGGCGCCGCAGACUGUCCCGAGUCCUCCUGGGAUGCCCUGGCGGCCCCUCAUGGACCCGGCACCCGGCGCUCCCCGGGGCCACGGCGGGGGCGAGGCGCUGCUGGGUGAGCUGGAGACGCUGGUUCAGGACGUGGUGAGGACGAGCUCUUGGUGGGAGCGCCACGGUGUGGACUGCGCCAUCCUCGCGCUCAGCCUCCUCUCGGUGCCGGCCGGGUUCUUAAGCCUGCGCUCUGAGAAUGUCCUCGUCCUUGCACUGGGCAUCAUCAUCCUGGGUGUGUGCCACUACACACUCACGGUCAAGGGCAGCCACCUGGCCACACACGGUGCCCUCACCCAGUCAAAACGCUGGAGCAGGAUCUGGGAGCUUUUCUUUGUGGAGGUAUGCUCGUCCUUCUCUGCAGAGUACGGCAAGUAUGGACACGUCAAGAUGCACCAUGGUUACACCAAUGUGUUGGGCCUUGGGGACUCGAGCACGUGGAGGCUGCCUUGCCUCAACCGCUACGUGUACAUGUUCCUUGCUCCUCUCUUGAUCCCCGUCCUCACCCCAUUGGUGGCUGUUGAGCGGCUGAGAAAGGUGGAGCUCAGGUCGGCUGUGCGGACGCUGGGCCUGAUUUCCCUGGGCCUCUAUGCUCACUACUGGUUGCUUCUGAAUGUGUCUGGCUUCAGGAGCCCCGGCUCGGCCCUGCUGUGCAUGUUCACCACCAGGUCCCUGCUGGCCCACCCUUAUCUCCACAUCAACAUCUUCCAGCACAUUGGGCUGCCCAUGUUCUCUCGGGACAAGAAGCCUCAGAGGAUUCACAUGAUGAGCCUGGGUGUGCUGAACCUGCCCCGACUGCCUGUACUGGAAUGGGCAUUCGGCCACUCCAUUGUCAGCUGUCACGUGGAGCACCACCUCUUCCCCCGGCUCUCUGACAACAUGUGCCUGAAGGUGAAGCCCGUGGUGUCCCGGUUCCUCCAGGAGAAGCGGCUGCCUUACAACGAGGACUCCUACCUGGCUCGCUUCCGGCUGUUCCUCAGUCGCUAUGAGGAGUUCAUGGUGCAGACCCCUCCCAUCACAGAGCUGGUGGGAUUGCAGUAAAAGGGUGGGGGGGCGCCCCCUGCGCCCUGCCUCCCCACCCCCCAGCCCGGUCCUAGCUCUCUUGCUUCUGCUGGCCUUCCCUCAGUCCAGGAGGGCAUGGGCCCUUCCCCAGGGCGUUGGCUUGGCUGCUGGUGGUGGAGUGGGGAGGCACUGGGGGCAGUGAGGUGGAGAGCUCAGGCUGGGAUUUCUGGAGAAACCCGCUUGCUUUUCUGGGUUUGGAGGGAUAUCUGGGGGAAAGGAAUAACAGUGGUGGGCAUUCUGGUCAGUCUGGAUCUCAGCCAACUUCAUCUUGGGGUGGGGGUGGGGGAGGGCGCUAAACAGCUGGAUUCCUCCCCUGCUGUGUCUGAGCCUUGAUAGGGCUAUGGGAAGGUGAUGGGGAAUGGGGAUAGGAGAGGCCCUGGGCAGGGCAGUAGGUGAGGAGAGCGAAGGGUCAGGCCUUCAGGGCCUCCCAGGCGCCAGGAGACCCCAUGCUCAACUGCCCACUGCUUCUUCCUGUGUUCUUUGAGGCUGUGUCCCCCAAAGAGGCCUCUCCCCAGGGGCCACAGGGAGAGGUUACUUUUUUAAAAAAUUAAAAAAAAAUUUUUUUUCUUUAUUUUUGAGAGACGGAGUCAGAGCAUGAGCAGGGGAGGGGCAGAGAGAGAGAGAGAGAUGGAAUCUGAAGCAGGCUCUGGGCUCAGCUGUCAGCACAGAGCCUGAUGCGGGGCUCGAACCCAUGAACUGUGAGAUCAUGACCUGAGCCAAAGUCGGACGCUUAAUGGACUGAGCCACCCAGGUGCCCUGGGAGAGGUUACUUUUGGCAGACUCUCCUAAUUUCUCUGCCAGAGAAGCCUGUGCAAGACAGUGGCUCAGCAGCAACCAAGACCCUCGAGAACAUCAGUGAAAUUAAGGUGUAUGUGUUUGGUGGGGAGGGCACUCCAGGGGAAAUAAGGGCAUAGAUAAGAGUGUAAAUAGCUUUGAGCUUGACCUUGGCGAGCUCUAGAUAAAGUCUGCUUUGUUCCAUGAUGUCUAGCAGGGGUAGGCCUCGAAGAACUAUCAAUUGCAAGGAGAAAAAUUACUGGGGGUGGGUAGCCGAGGCUGGAGGGGGUGAUGGGAACAGGGUCUGGAGGACAGACAGCCUUAGAGGGGAGGGGAAGGAGGGCAGGGUGCAGCUACAAAGGCUUGAGUCAAGAGCUGGGCUUGGCUGUGAACAGGUGCAGGGAGGAAGGCAGGGAUACAGGGGAUCACUGAUGCCAGCUGGGGGAGGACAGCAGUGUGCUUGGGACACCACUGAGGGUCAGCCAAAAGUGGGCAGCCUUGAGAGAGGGCUGGGAACCUCCCUAACUAGUGGCUGGGCGAGAGGGUGCAAGGAUGGGGCCCAGCUGGAGGCUGAGGCAGGAACAGAGAAGUAGGCCAGGCCUAUGACAGGAGAGCAGAGCAGUUAGUCUAAAGCAGGGUUUCUUACGUCGGCACUAUUGACAUCGUGGCCAGAUCAUUCUUUGCCACUGGGGCUUGUCCUGGGCACCCUGGGGUGUUUAACAGCAUCCCUAGCUUCUACCCGCUGGGAUGCCAGGAACUCAAGUUGUAACAAUCAAAAAUGUCUCCGGGCAUUGCCAACUAACUGUCCCCUAGGGGGCAAAAUCAUCUUAGGUUGAGAACAUGCGGGUCAUGUUCAGAGCACACAAUUGCCUUGUUUUUCAGUGAAGCCUUUGGACAAGGUAAAGGGCCUGCUGGCCCUGAUGGUGGGGAGGCUGAAUGGGAUGGGCAGAGGGGCUAGACAGCCGGCGAAGGCAUCCUCGAAGCCUGGUCCUGUUGGAGCACCCACCCUGCGCCUCCAAAUCCAUUCCCUACUCUUCUUCACCCUGCCUUCCUCUACCAAAGACCACAGCUGCUGUCCGGUGCCCUUUCCUACAGCUAUGGCUCUCACCACUUCUGAAACUGCUCCGUCCUUUUGCUUCUUCAGGACCUGGGGUGGUAGUGGCUUCCCGCCGUUGCUAGCCUGGGGGUGCUCCACCAUUCCCUUGAUCCUGGCCACACCUCUGUACAAAGUUCCUUCAUUAAACUCUUUUCAGUCAGUC